CAUGCCAAGAUUCUCCUGGGUAGGAACAACCUUGCCAUUCUUCCUGAGUUCUCACUUCUUUGCAUAAGCAGGAACACAAGUGCACAUGCGUGCACACACACACAAACAGAGGCACACACACCCGCCCCACACCUACACACGCUGACACUCAAAUGAAUAACAAAGCUGGAGGAUAGAGAGGAGAGGGGAAGGUGUUACACUGCUCAGUAGGGAAGACAUAGGAUGGUGGGAAGACGCUUCAUAUGUUGUUCUCUGGACUCCACAGCUGUGAAAUUUCUGUCUUAAGUACAUCACAGGAUUUUUCUGUCACGAGAACAUGGAAAGCAAUCAGACCUGGAUCACAGAAGUCAUCCUGUUGGGAUUCCAGGUGGACCCAGCUCUGGAGUUGUUCCUCUUUGGGUUUUUCUUGCUAUUCUACAGCUUCACCCUGAUGGGAAAUGGGAUUAUCCUGGGGCUCAUCUGCUUGGACUCUAGACUGCACACACCCAUGUACGUCUUCCUGUCACACCUGGCCAUUGUGGACAUGUCCUAUGCCUCGAGUACUGUCCCUAAGAUGCUAGCAAAUCUUGUGAUGCACAAAAAAGUCAUCUCCUUUGCUCCUUGCAUACUUCAGACUUUUUCAUAUUUGGCGUUUGCUAUUACAGAGUGUCUGAUUUUGGUGGUGAUGUGCUAUGAUCGGUAUGUGGCAAUCUGUCACCCCUUGCAAUACACCCUCAUUAUGAACUGGAGAGUGUGCACUGUCCUGGCCUCAACUUGCUGGAUAUUUAGCUUUCUCUUGGCUCUGGUCCAUAUUACUCUUAUUCUGAGGCUGCCUUUUUGUGGCCCACAAAAGAUCAACCACUUUUUCUGUCAAAUCAUGUCCGUAUUCAAAUUGGCCUGUGCUGACACUAGGCUCAACCAGGCGGUCCUAUUUGCGGAUUCUGCGUUCGUCUUAGUGGGGCCGUUCUGCCUGGUGCUGGUCUCCUACUUGCACAUCCUGGCGGCCAUCUUGAGGAUCCAGUCUGGGGAGGGCCGCAGAAAGGCCUUCUCUACCUGCUCCUCCCACCUCUGCGUGGUGGGGCUUUUCUUUGGCAGCGCCAUCGUCCUGUACAUGGCCCCCAAGUCAAGCCAUUCUCAAGAACAGAGGAAGAUCCUUUCCCUGUUUUACAGCCUUUUCAACCCGAUGCUGAACCCCCUCAUCUACAGCCUUAGGAACGCAGAGGUGAAAGGGGCUCUAAAGAGAGUCCUUUGGAAACAGAGAUCAAUGUGAAGAAUCAUUUGAGAUAUCCUGAGUGUGUAAGCAUGGUUCUCAUGACCCUGGGUCCUGAAAUUUCCUUUUUAGUUCUUUAAUUUACCACACCCAAUACUGUUUCUCUUUAGACUUCUUAUAAAAAGAGAAACUGGCCUGGCGUGGUGGCUGAAGCCUGUAAUCCCAACACUUUGGGAGGCUGACCCGGGCGGAUUACCUGAGGUCAGGAGUUCGAGACCAGCCUAACCAACAUGGCGAAACACGGUCUCUAUUAAAAAUACAAAAAUUAGUCGGGCGUGCUGGUGGGCGCCUGUAAUCCCAGCUCUACUUGGGAGGCUGAGGCAGGAGAAUCGCUUGAACCCAGGAGGCGGAGGUUGCACUGAGCCGAGAUUGUACCACUGCACUCCAGCCUGGGCGACAGAGCAAGACUCCCUCUCAAAAAAAAAAUAAAUAAAUAAAGAGAGAGAAACUAAUUACUUUUACUAUUUAAGGCAUUGAUACCAAACCUGAGAUAAACUUAUGAAACAGAAAAUCACAAUCUAAUCCUACUCAUGAACAUAGAUGCAAACCUCUUAAAGAAAAUAUUAAUGAAACAAGUCCAUCAGAAUGAAGUAAGGAUGUAUUAUAAUGAAACUAUGUAUACCCUUAAAAUGCAGCAAUAAUUUAACAUUAAAACAAACAACAAAAAUAACUUCCCUACAUUAACAAAUUAAAGAAUACAUUUCAUAUGAACAUCUCAGUAGAUCCAAGAAAGUGUUUGACAAGAUUUAAGAUCAAUUCUUUAUAAGCUAAUAUCGCAGUAAGACUUUCUAAACAGAAUCUACCAAAAACAAAACAAAAAUAAAAACAAAGCAGACGUCAUGGUUAAUGGUGAAAUGUAAGCAUCUGUCCUUUUCAGGUAAAGAAUCAGACACAAAAAAAAAUCACUUGUUUUUCUUGAUUUCACUUUUUAUUAGAGAUCCUAACCAGUACAGUUAGACAAAAAGAACAAAUACACCCAUGCAUGUGCACACAUGCACACAUGCACCCACACACACACGCACACACACACAUUUGAGAAAGAAGAAACAAAUUGUAAUUACAUACAAACGACAUUACUGUAUAUGUAGGAAAUUCAAAAGAAUUAUGAGAAAUUUUAAAGUAGCUUGAUACAAAAUCAGUAUAAAAAUAUAUUUUUAAAGCAAUAACAAACAAUUAAAAUGAAACUUGAAAAAACGCUACCAUACACAACAGCAUUUAAUUCUCUAAUGCUUAGGAAUAAUUGUAACAAAGAUUAUACAAAAACUCUGAAGAGACAAUUAAAAAUUUAUUGAGAGACUAUGGUAAAUAAAUAGAAACACAAUGUGUGGUAUGCCAAGUUCUUGGACUGAAAAACAUAAUAUUACAAAGAUUCAAUCUCCUUAAAUUGAUUAUUAGAUUUAAUACAAUCCCAAUCAAUAUCCCAGCAGGGUGUGUGGAUGUGUGCAGAACUCAACAAACUAAUCUUAAAAUUCAAGGGACCAAGGCUAGCUCAAACCCUAUUAAAAGAGAAAGAGUACAACGUGGGAGGAUUUAAUCCUUCAGAUAUCAAAACACACUAUAUAGUGCUAAUAAAUAGAACAGUGUGGUAUUUAUACACAGAUAGACCAAAAAACAAACAGAAUAGAAGGCAAAUUAGCAUAUAUUUGCUUUUAUUAGCACUUGCUAUAUUAGAGGUGUGGCAUGGCAUAUCACUGGGGAAUGAAAAAGCUUUGAAGUAAAUGGUGUUGGGACAACCGAGUCUUUAUAAAGAUAUUCAAAUCAUGCAGAAAAUUCAACUUCUGGUGUAUUCAAGAUUUAAGUGUCAAAGGCAGAACUCUAAAGCUUUUAGAAGAUAUACAAGAGAAGGAUUUUUUAAACAAUACACGUAAUUGCUAUUGUGAAAUAAUAUCUGAUAUUAUAAAAUCUUUAAGCUGCAUUAAAUAAAAAUAUUGGUGUAUGUGACUGGGUUGAAAUUAAGAACUUAUGUUAAUCAAAACAGGGCAUAAAAAGUGAAAGGACAAGCCACAAAAUCUUCUCCUGGAAGACUUUCUGAUUUAUCAGCUUUCAAGCAGUACAUCCCCAAAGACCAGCAUAUUUCAGAGUCUCAUGCAUUGUCUUGACUAGGUGACUUUCAAUCAUAUCUCUUCAGUCUGUCUUUUUAUGGCAUUAUUAAGUACUUGAAGUUUUUCUCUUUAUAUAUUUUUUUCACAUGUGUGUUGUCAGUUUACAAUCAGUAAUAUACAAGAUCGUCGUACACAUCAAUUUUGUCUUGUCAUAGCUGUGUCUCUAGUAUCUAGAGCAGAGCUAGGUACAGAGAAGAUUCUCAAUAAUUAUCUGUUGACAGACGACCAAUAGGUAUCCCCAGGAAAGUGUAAGCCCAUCCACAUUCUUCCUGAAACCAAGGAGCAACCAAGUUAGGGGGAGAGAGAUGCAUUUUUAUGUUCUAUUUAUUAAUAAUUUCUAUUUUGCACAUGAGAAGAUCGAGGAACACAGAGGUUGAGUAACUUAUCCUGAGUCAUUGAGUUAGCAUAAUCAAUGGAAAAUAUAGAGUUUAAAAAAGUAGGUUCUCUGGCUCCAGAGCUGGUAUUCUUUUAUUGUUAAACAAUAGAAAUUUAUGUCCAAGAUCAGGUGCCAAGCAUCGUCGAGCUCUAGUGAGGACUUUCUUCUGGCUUUCAGAGGGUGUCUUCCCACUGUGUCUACACAUGGCAGAGAGAGAGAGAGCCCAUAUUCUCAAUACAAUACUAACUCUAUGUACAACUGUAGCUUACACCAAUGACCCAAUGAUUCAAGACAAAAGAUAAACAUAUCUCCCUUCUACCACCAGGAAGGAAAGUUAUCAGGAUCAUUGAAGGAGGACUUUCUUUCUUUCUCUCUUUCUUCCUUUCUUUCGUCUUUCCUUCCUUCCUUCCUUCCUUCCUUCCUUCCUUCCU